CGUCAUUUCUUUUGCGCAUGCGUACUUCCGCUAUCGUCCCACUAGCAGCAGAAACCAGGAGCAGCCUCUUUCCUCCUACAAGGCUCCCUACUUAUAAGACUGUUUGUGAUGUCUAUAUCACCAUCGCCAGAAUCUUCAACUCAUAAUUUAGUCAAGACAAGUGAAACUCCAUGCAGCCUGUUCUCCAGCCACUCUUGUUCCUCCUGCAGAGUCUUAAAUAGCUCUUCCUCCAAUUAAGGAACCAGCAUGGAGUCAAUGGCUAUGGACAAUCUCAUAGACUUUGACAUGUCAUCUGUGGCUACAAGUCUCGGUGUCGAUAGAGACAGCCGUCAGAGCCACUCAGACAUUUUCUCACCAGAGCCACCGUCCUCCAAAUUUCCUGUGCAACACUCAUUGCCUGAACCCAUGGCACCCUCCAAGUCCAGCUCACAUCACCAUCACAAAGAUGACGAUGAAAAUGAGAGUGAUGCAACAGAGUCGGCAGACAGUGAGAAUGAUAUGGAUCCGGCUUCAACGAUGUGGAACAUAAGACGCUUCUCAUCCUCAUCUGCUCACAGUAGUGAGGACAAUGAUUCCGAGGCAGUAGAGAGAAGAGAGUUCAUGAAGACGUAUGUGGAAAAAGUGUUUCAUGGAAGGCAGGACCUGGACCAAGAAGAGAAAUCUCGUUUUGGAGAGCUGUGCAGUGGCAAGAAUGGGAAAGGCAGAGAGUGGUUUGCCAAAUAUGUCAGUGCGCAGCGCUGCCACUCGAAAUGCGUGAGCGAAGCUACUUUCUACAGACUGGUGCAGUCUUUUGCAGUUGUGUUGUUUGAAUGUCACCAAAUGGAUGACUACAGCCCAGCCAAAAACCUCAUGACUAUGUGCUUUACAUACUACUACACUGGAAAGUUCCAGCCGUCUCCUGCAGAGCUCUUUGAUCGUGGUGUUCCCCCAGCUGGUCUGGACUCGUACUUAAACAAGGCCAACUCCUGGCUGUCCGGUAAGAAAGAUGCUGCCGAACGCCUCCUUAAAAACUCAUCGAAGACUGAUGUCAAAGGCUUUUUUGGAGGCCUUGAAAGCAAGUUGAGAAGCUCAAUGACGCCAAAAACCGAGAACGGCGAAGACUCACUUGAGACAAAACCAAAUUUAGCAGUGUCCGGGGAUCCAGAGGAAAAUAAGGGAGAAAAGGUGUACUUGUACACCCACCUGAAGCAGCAACCCAUAUGGCACACAUUGCGAUUUUGGAAUGCUGCAUUCUUCGAUGCAGUUGAUUGUGAGAGGAAAAAGAGGUCACCAACUACGAGAUUUGAAAAGAAGUCUAUCAGAAGUCGUAGGGGAACGCAAGAUGAAGAGAAAGAUAAAAGGGAGAAGUGGAGUCACAUGAGCCAGCAGGAAAGGGAUGACCGCUCCAAAAUGGAUGAGAAUAUUGCCUUUGGCCAGCUGGGGACAUUUACACACAAUAUGCUGGCAUUUGGGCUCAGUAAAAAACUGUGCAAUGAUUUUCUGAAGAAACAGGCCGUCAUUGGGAACCUGAAUAAAGAGCAGUACAAGUUGUUAACUGACCACAUUGAGAAAAUGGCGACAGAAUGAGGACAAGUUGACGACAUGUUGAAUUUCAGGGUCUCCAGCCUGCACAUGAGAGCUGUCUGAGCGGAAAUACAGUACACAUUACUAUAGUCAAAUGAAAUACAGUACACAUUACUAUAGUCAAGCGUGCCAUCGUUGUAGCAAAGCCCUUCCAUCCAACGCUGUAUUGCAUCCUACGUCAGCAAUAACACAACAUACGCUGAUGUUGCUUUAAAGCUGUAUGUGUAACCUGCUUUGCAAAGUGACAAGUGUGGCUCAUCUGCUAUGAGAAGCAUAUCUGCGUCUCGACAAAGCUCAGCCUAGACUAGACCUUGUGCAGUGUACAGUGCCGUAAUGUAAAACGUGUUUUACCUGCGACUAAGCAGUGACUGAAUAUCUUCCUUGGCUUUAAUGCUUCAGUGUACUUUGAUUGAAUGAAAGUGUGGCAUUUCAAAUGGGGGGGAAAGAUUAGUCUGCCAACCAACAUCUGUACUUGAAAACAAACAUUUAAGACUGCUUGUAGUCUGACGAGGAUCAAAAACAACCAACAAAAAACCGAAGCAAUUAUAUAUAUAAUGCUGUAAUGAUGAUAAUCGUCCGAUUAAAUCGGUCAGCCUGAGCAUUAAUUUCUAAGAAAAACACCAAAUUACCUGCAUUGUUUAUUAACAUCGGUGUCAGUCGACCAACUUUUGGCUGAUAAUAGAUUAAAUCGGCCAGUUGAUUAAUUAGUUGAGCCCUAUUAGUCAGUAUGAGAUAUGUUAAAAUACAACAAUGGAUGAAAACAAGGGUUUCCUUAUCGCUUGACACGUGACUGCUGCUAAUGGAAAGGAGAUUUGAGUAGAGACUGAUUGCAGGUAGAAAACAACUAAGUAGAAAAUGUGAAGUGCAGUACUAGGGACACAUGGGUAUUGUUGAGCAUCGAGUCUCGAGCACCGGAAGAAAUAACGAGCACCAACAACAAAGAAGUGGCACAAUAAUAAUACAUUUUAUUUGUAUAGCGCUUUUCAGAGUACUCAAAGACGCUUUACAGUAGAGAAAAAUAAAUAAAAAUAGAGUUAAAGAUGCAUUAAAAUACAAUAUCCAAACAUUCAUUCAGAGCUAAAAACAAGGCUAAAAGCGCUAAAAGCACAAGUGCCCAAUGCAACAUUUCCAAUCCAAAUGAUAUCAUGCAGAGGAGAGUGCACGACCAACAUAGUUAAACACCUCCAGAUUCUUAACUGUGCCCCCGUCAUUGAUGCGCUACAUUGGACUUCCUCUAAGCAGUCAAAAUCAGGGAAGUCAAACAAUAAAUGACGUCCUGCCUCAUGUCAAUGUAACCGAGAUGCCCGAUGAUGUAAAUAAAGGACGGAAGCCACGGCUUUGGGAUUUAAACCCAUUCAUGCACGCACAGUGCGAGUCAAGAAACCUUUGCAAUCCACACAACAUGUUUCCGCCUUCAAAAUAAGGGCGGUACUUAAAUAUAUAUAUCGUAUACAGGUGGUAAUACAGUAGCUCAACUCAAAUACCCAGCUAACGUUAUCCUGUGUACUUUUCAUCGACAAACGGCUUACAGGUUGUUUGUUUGAUAUUCUGCACCCAGGUUACUGCAUGUUUACAUGCCUGCAGCAUCACACACCCACUAACACAUAAAACAAAAGCAUAUGUGGAAAUAUCUUUUCAUGAGCUUUUCUAAAGUAAACAUCUACUCCUGUGGAAAUAAACUUCAUAACAUUUAUAUUCCAGUUAAACGGUUUGAUACUGAUUGGAAAUAGCUUUUGUGUGAUCAUGAAAUUAUUUAGGGCGGCACGGUGGUCUAGUGGUUAGCGCGCAGACCUCACAGCUAGGAGAGCAGGGUUCAAUUCCACCCUCGGCCACCUCUGUGUGGAGUUUGCAUGUUCUCCCCGUGCAUGCGUGGGUUUUCUCCGGGUACUCCGGUUUCAUCCCACAUUCCAAAAACAUGCUAGGUUAAUUGGCGACUCCAAAUUGUCCAUAGGUAUGAAUGUGAGUGUGAAUGGUUGUUUGUCUAUAUGUGCCCUGUGAUUGGCUGGCGACCAGUCCAGGGUGUACCCCGCCUCUCGCCCAAAGACAGCUGGGAUAGGCUCCAGCACCCCCCGCGACCCUCGUGAGGAAAAAGCAGUAGAAAAUGAAUGAAUGAAAUUAUUUAAACCAUGCAGACUUUUAUGACCCUCCCUCUUAAAAGCAUUGGAACAGGAAACCUUCAAAUUCAAACACCAACCCAACACUGGGCUCACUACCCAGUCCCUUUUUAUUUAUCAUGAGCAGUAUUGUACUGAGAAGCAAGAAGAAGUUAACAUAUUUAUUAACCUGUGUUGGCAUUACAAAUACAUUCAAGCCAUAUUUGUUUUGAAGGUACCUAAUGGCCCCCAUGAUCAAAUGUAAUACUUACCAACCCUCCAGUGUGCCUUGCAUGGACGUAAACAACUCAUAAAAUUCCGCCACUAAAUAGUCACAGAACCAGCUAGCAUUUGUCUACUAGAUUCCCAAAUUGAUGCUAUGUGUCUAUUUUUGCUAAUAUGUAUAUAGCAUUAAGUACUUUAUUCAAAAGCGACUGAUUUGUGGCUUCCCUGAGUGUACUACUGUGUAGCAUUGUAGCAAUGUAGUCUUCACUGGAAGCACCUGCCACAUGUACUAAUGAUAAUGAAAUUAAUUAUCUGAUUUUAUUGUUUUGUGUCUUUGUUUGUUUGUUUUUUAUGAUUGAAUUCACUUUAAGGCAGCUUUAGGAUACUUUGUAACUACAGUGAAACCAUUUUGCCCUUUGUCAUAUGUUCCAUGUUAUGAUGUUUUAAGCAUUUCUCUCUACCCUGUACAGUACAUGUUAGAAAAAAAUAGCUUCAGGAAUCAAACCGGGUUCCUCCCUGAAUGAUGCUCUCUACUUUUGUUGUGCUCACGUCACACUGGUUUGUAUAUUAAUUAAGCUUGUUCAUUGGUUGUGAUGCCACUCUUGAGACUCUUGAGCAUAAUGUUAAGGUCGGCAAAAUGUGAAUGAAUGAAGUUCAAAUGGAAGUAGUAAAGACUGGUGAACUCGUACUUCAGAACAAAAGUAUGACAUUUCAACUGACUGACGGAUUAACUAAUUCGGAUGUUUUAUUGUUAAAUGUUUUCAUUGUGGGGCAAGGUCAAUGUUGAAUCAAAAUAUUGUAAUAAAUGUAUUUUAUGGUGAGUUUUUGUUUGUCUUU